GCCAAUUCGCUCGCACCCGUUCGCUCCCACGGCCACCCACGCCCCGAGCCGCCACUCCUCACUUCCCUCUCUCUCUACUCCAUCACUCUCCAUCUCUCGACCCGCCGCCACACCCCUCCCUCCCACUUCCACCCCAAGUCACCCCUCAAAAUGGCCGAAUUCGUGCGCGCCCAGAUCUUCGGCACCACCUUCGAGAUAACGAGCAGGUACACCGACCUGCAGCCCGUCGGUAUGGGCGCCUUUGGUCUUGUCUGUUCGGCCAAGGACCAGCUCACCGGCCAGGCCGUCGCUGUCAAGAAGAUCAUGAAGCCCUUCAGCACCCCCGUCCUCUCCAAGAGAACGUAUCGCGAGCUGAAGCUGCUGAAGCAUCUCAGGCAUGAGAAUGUCAUCAGUCUUAGCGACAUCUUCAUCUCCCCGCUGGAAGACAUCUAUUUCGUCACCGAGCUUCUCGGCACCGACCUUCACCGUCUGCUCACCUCGCGACCUCUCGAGAAGCAGUUCAUCCAGUACUUCCUGUACCAGAUUCUGCGCGGACUGAAAUAUGUCCACUCCGCGGGUGUCGUUCACCGUGACCUGAAGCCCAGCAACAUUCUGAUCAACGAGAACUGUGAUCUGAAGAUUUGCGACUUCGGAUUGGCCCGCAUCCAAGACCCGCAGAUGACCGGAUAUGUCUCUACGAGAUACUACAGGGCUCCGGAGAUUAUGCUCACGUGGCAAAAGUACGACGUGGAGGUUGAUAUCUGGAGCGCGGGCUGCAUCUUCGCCGAGAUGCUCGAGGGCAAGCCCUUGUUCCCCGGCAAGGAUCACGUCAACCAGUUCUCCAUCAUCACGGAACUCCUGGGUACUCCUCCGGACGAUGUGAUUCAGACCAUCUGCAGCGAGAAUACCCUGAGAUUCGUCCAGUCGCUGCCCAAGCGUGACCGCCAGCCCCUUGCCCAGAAGUUCAAGAACGCAGAUCCGCUUGCUAUCGACCUCCUUGAGAACAUGCUCGUCUUCGACCCGAAGAAGCGCGUGCGGGCCGGUGAUGCUCUCGCCCACCCUUACCUUUCGCCUUACCACGACCCGAGUGACGAGCCGGUUGCGGAGGAGAAGUUCGAUUGGUCAUUCAACGAUGCUGACCUCCCGGUGGACACCUGGAAGAUCAUGAUGUACUCCGAGAUCCUCGACUACCACAACGUGGACGCCCAGAGCGCCGAUGUCGACGCCAACGGUGCCAGCUAGUUUGAACGCCUUUUAACGACCAUGAGCAUUUUCACGCGGCCUUACCACUCGAUAUUCCCCGGCAUCGGACAUUCUCUGUGUACCGGAGUGGCAGUGUCGCAAGUUCACUCUAGCACUUUCUUUUACCCCAAACUCAACAACAGUAAUCGAUUUCCAAUCUUGUUGCUUGUGCUUAGAAAGCUACGACCACAGACUUUGGAUGGCGAAGACAUUCCAUGAAGCAUGAAAGCGGCGAACCAGCAAACGGGAUGGGAUUCGUGGAGCUGCCGGCUAUUCUGGCGGCUUAUCUGUGUGACGAAAGACGGCAUGAAUGAACGGAGCCAUUAGCAGGGUUUCUGA